CUCACAAAUAUUUACUUCCUGUACAUCAAGAGGAAAGGGGGCCCCCCUUUCGUGGAAUGCGGCAACAUGGGCGUGUUUGACCGUGGGGUUCAGAUGCUGCUGACCACGGUGGGGGCCUUCGCUGCCUUCAGCCUCAUGACCAUCGCCGUGGGGACAGACUACUGGCUGUACUCGCGCGGCGUCUGCAAGAUCAAGAGCAACAACGAGAACGAGACCAGCAAGAAGAACGAGGAGGUGAUGACGCACUCGGGCCUCUGGAGGACCUGCUGCUUGGAAGGUUCUUUCAAAGGCAUGUGCAAGCAGAUAGAUCACUUUCCUGAGGAUGCUGACUAUGAGGCGGAUGCCUCAGAGUACUUCUUACGUGCUGUACGAGCCUCCAGUAUCUUCCCCAUCCUGAGUGUGAUCCUGCUCUUCAUGGGGGGGCUGUGCAUCGCCGCAAGCGAGUUCUACAAGUCACGGCACAACAUCAUCCUCAGCGCCGGCAUCCUCUUCGUCUCUGCAGGCCUGAGCAACAUUAUAGGAAUCAUUGUGUACAUAUCAGCCAAUGCUGGGGAUCCUUCCAAGAGUGACUCCAAGAAGAACAGCUACUCCUACGGCUGGUCCUUCUACUUUGGCGCCCUCUCCUUCAUCAUGGCUGAAAUGGUGGGUGUGCUGGCUGUGCACAUGUUCAUCGACCGACAUCGGGAGCUGCGUGUGGGGGCACGAGCCGCCGACUACCUCCAAGGGGCAGCCAUCACACGCAUCCCAAGCUACCGCUACCGUUAUCGACGCCGCUCGCGCUCUUCGUCCCGUUCUACAGAUCCCUCGCACUCUCGCGAGGCAUCGCCAGUGGGCCUGAAGGCCUUUGGGACGCUGCCCUCCACUGAGCUGUCCAUGUACACGCUCCCCAAAGGCCAAACAGGCACUCCGACAGCCACCUAUAACUCCACGGAGAGGGACCACAACUUCCUGCAGGUCCACAACUGCAUCCAGAAGGACCUGAAAGACUCAGGUGGCCAUAGCAACACCGCCAAUCGGCGCACCACACCUGUAUGAAAAUGACACAGACAUUAAGAGAAAUCAGAGGAACUCUGGGGGGAAAGACAGCUUGUGGCUUAAGGAGACAGAAAGAGAAAGAGGGCUCCAAAAGACUGAGGAGUUAGGGGUAGGCAACAGAGGGGAAGUUCUGAGAGCUCCACAGCGCCUCAGAUAAUCACAGAGUUUCUGUUUAAUAAAAAGGAAAUGGAGUAAAAAUGCAUAAAAAAAGAAACAUGCAUGAUUUUCCCAUGAAUCAUUGUUUAACAAGUUUUGAACAUGUUUGUAAAGAGUUGAGGGGGAGGUCGGGGAAAGAUAAGUGGGGAUGGGGGGCAUUCAUGAUGCUGGGUUGGGGUGGUUGAUGGUUGUCUCGGGGCUGUGGAACUGUGGAGUGGUGGGCUGGGCCAAACUGCCCAUUUAUAGGCAAACUUUAUAUUUUUUACUCUUCCUCAGUCUGAUUGAAAGGCCCCUUGGCCCUGCCUAUGAACCAACCCUCGCACUACCAUACCACAAGCCCCUCCCCCCAACACACGCACCCUAAAUUCCCUUAUAAACCCUACUCCUUUCUUUAGUUACUGUAUCUUCUUGAUUUCAUUCUUUAUUCGCAUUAAUACUGUGAACCAUUGCGGUACGGGAUUUUAGCAGGGAGCAUUUCAGGCCGCAAAAAAAAAAGAGAAAAAAACAAGAAAAAACACAUAAGUUAAUAUAUGUAUUGAUUAUAUAUAAAUAUAUGAACAUAUAUGUUAAUAAAUCAUGACUAGACUUCCCUGAAGCAAAAAAUAUCAAGAAAAAAAUAAAAAAAGAAACAACGUAACCUACAAUGAAACUAAACCGAGUCGUCAUGGAAACUAAACCAAGACGGAGGAUUCAUUGUGACUGGCUCAUUUGACGGGCAAAGGCUUCAGCCUACAUGAUAAACUGGUAUUGGUUAGCGUUAGACACAUUAUCACAUUCUUUUACAACAACAACAAAAUCGUUUGGCCUUCCGCCAAAGCCCUGGCAGCCAUCUUUGUUCAGGGUCAGCUAGAUGUGAGUUGGCCACUCUUGCUUUUGCCCCAUGCAGGGGUGGAGUGAAGAGAGAACUCUGGGUAAUGGAUGGUCUCUCUGCAAACUUGAAGAUGACUACGGACAAUGAAUCGUCACUACUGCCAAAGACACAAAGUAGUGCAUGUGAGAACAUGGCUACGAGUGAGCUGAAGCUAAGUGACUCCAAAAAAAAAUUAAGAAUUUACAUGCAUGCUAAUCUAAAAUCAUCCGAUCUGCUUUUAAGGAACCUAUGUUUUGAACAACUGAACAAUGAUACCAUGUAAGGGCAGUGGGAGUGAAAAAAGUAGUAAUUAAUGUUACAGUACUGUGUCAAUUUCUAUUUUUCUUUAUCUUGUUUUUCUUUUUGAGUGGGUUAUUUGGGGUGGGGUUUCAUCAUGCUUGAAACAAAAAAAAACAACCUUUGAAAAACGUAUCAAGGCUUUUUUUUUUUUAACAGAAGAGAAUCUUAUCUUGCCUUUUCAUUUAAUUUUAUUUCCUCCAUUACUUUGGACUCUCACACAGCCUUAGUCUCUUUCUUUAUCUCAUUUUCUUGUUCUUUGGUUUUGCUUUGUGUUGUUGUAAAUGACAAAUUAAAACAAAAAAACAAAAAAACAUAAUGUCUUUCAAGGUGCCAAAACUGAAUGAUUCUGAACUUGGAUGCAUCAAGUCCUGAUGACAAAUAAAAAUUGAA